CACACACAUCUUACAACCCCUUUCUGCAGACAGUCGUUUUCUAGUCCCUCGGGUGAGAAAGUCAGAGAGGAGAUGAUGGUGAUGGUGGUGAUGAUGAUGAUGAUGAUGGAGAAGUAUCUGCUGAAGUGUUGGAGAGUUUCUGUCUGCAUUCUCGCCUUCUGUUUAUCCUCAGCUCUGGGUGAUGUGCAGUAUCUCUACUCACAUCGCAACUCCUCCAUCGAGUUCUCCUGCAUUCCUUAUGAAGACUCCAGCAUGCCAUUCUCUUUCUCUCUCUCUCGGGAAUGGAUCAGAAAAGAACAAGUGCUUUAUCACAACUUCGACACGUUGAAACCCAGUGUUAAAGACGCCACGUUUCAGGGUCGGAUCUCAGACCGAACCAGUGAGAAACGUCACGUGAACGUGAGCAUCGAGCAGCUGCGGGGCUCCGACACCGACCUGUACGUCUGCACGUUCCACUACGAGACGUCCAGCGGCUUCGAGAACCGCUCAGGGAGGAACAAGAUUGUCCUGUACGUCGAGGAUUACCAUAUAGAAGUGUGUAGCUGCAGCAGUUACAAACCGUUAAUCUUCUCAUUGUCUGCGGCAGCAGGACUGCUCAUCUUCAUCAUCCUCAUCCUCUCUGCAGUGCACUGUCUGAAGCAGGGUAGUGGAGGACAGGUGAAGUCUCAGCCCCCGGUUGCGAUCUACGAGGAGAUGAACGGUGUGAGACAGAAGAGGAAUUCUCAUGUGCAGGAUGAAGACUCGUCUCUUUACGUUCGACCGAGGAAAGAGAAUCCAUACAUUAACUGAGGUGCGACCUCUGACCUUCUUUCAUCCUCUCAUCCUCCUCCUGCUCUUCGUCACGGUGAUGUUUCACGUCUGAUCCCUCAGAGAGACACUUCGAGUUCCAGCGAGAAUCUCUAGAAUUAUCUUUCACCAGGACAGUAAAUUAUUCUUUUAUUACUGUUAUUAUUAUUCAUAAAAUUAACAAUUUAACAGAUAAUAUUGUUUUUAUACUGCAGCUUACAGCAAAAUAAUUAUUACUAAAAAAUAAACCCUAUUAAAAAA